AUGAGCAGAGUAAAUGGUCUCAAAAUCAGGGAAGACCUCAUUAACGAGAGAAUGUCAGACAACAAAGAAAGGAGGAGUCAAGGACUUCCCAAAGAAGUUAUAGGUAACGAAGGCACAUCUUCAUUAACAGAUGUUGUAGAGCAAGUUGCAAAGCAACAACAAUCACAAGCUUCAGAAAUAGAAAAAAACAAAAAAGUCCUGUUCCAUUUGCAGAAUGAACUCCAGGAGCUUGAAAAACAAAUAGCAGUUGUCUCUGCAGAAACCAAAGAAACAGAAAGACAAAUUGAUCAGCAAGAUGCUACCAUAGAGAAUAUCAAACUUCAGUGCAGUAUCCUAGAAACUCAAAUCAAAUCCUUACAUUCAGAAAAUGUGAAGCUUAAAUUUGACAUAGAAAUGGCCCAAGAGGAUUUUGAGGGACACAUGAUAAAAUAUAAUGAAUAUUAUAUAAAAAUAAAAGCACAUAAAGAUAGUAUGAAGGAGGUAGAAAGCAAAUGGCCAUUUAUGAUUGAACUCCAUGAAAAGAAAGAACUCGUUAAAAAACUAAGAACAAUGAAAGAAGAACUCAUGCAAGAUCUCCAAAAUCCAGGAGGAAAGAGAGUAACACAAGUACAGGAAGACAUUACAAAGUUAAAGGAUAAAAUUACAGCUGUAAAAGAAAUUAUCAAUGAAAAAACUUGUUUUCUUGAGGAAGAAAAAAAGACACAUGAAAAACUUAGAAAAGAAAUAGAGGUUCAACAUAAGAGAUAUGAUGCAAUUCUUAAGCGUUUGCAUUGUCAACUGAAAAAGCUUCAGUCAAACAGAAGACAAUGGCAAUGGAACAUUCACCAACUGGAGAAAACUGCAGCUGAACUAAGGAAAUGUAUUAGAAUGCAGGAAUAACAUGCCAUAGGGCACUGUGGAACAUAGACCCUGCCAACAGAAAUUAUGGGACAGAAGGUUGGGAAAAUCUUUUGAUUUCUUGCUAACAAACUUCCACUACAUAUAGCAGAGGCCUGUCAUCCAUCUGGUAAAGUGCCUUCCGACCCUACACUUGAUAGCUCUAGAUAGAGAAAGGAAGGCUUACAGGUGGCUAGUGGAAGAGUCUGUGAAUAUUUUGAGAAUGUUAAGAUGUAU